AUGGCCUUGAUCCGCGCGAACUGGCCCAAGCGAUGGACGGUGGCAGCGCAGAUCGGCGGCGCAUCCGAAUCCGGCGCUGGCCUCUAUCGACUUCAGACGACGCUCGAAUCACGCCUUGCGAGAGGGGAGGCUGCGCCGCUAGAGCUGGUCCCUCGAUGCUGCAUGAAUUCGCGCCGCGCCAGGAACACGCACAGAAAGCGUCCCUGGAUUCGGUGGCAGCAGCCUGAGGCCGAAAUGCUGGCUGGGCGACCAAGAGGGCGCAUCGAGGACUGA